AUGUUGCCUCCUAUAAACCCACCUAUCUGCCACAUCAUCCUUCACCUGCCGGUCCCGUCGCCCUCCUCCACUAGCAGCCCAUCGCCGCGUUUCGGAUGCACCCAAGGCAUCUUCGCCACCGCGCCUUUUGCUAGCGGUAUCCCGAGCAGCCUUUCACCACACAUCCCGGACACGGCCCUCCUCAAGGUCCCAGGCCGCGGCCGCCCCCCGGCGCAGGUCUCCGUCCUGCAGCGCCUGCGCAGCCGCGGCCGCCCCGCGUGGGUGGCACUCCCGGGCGAGCGGCCGGGAGAACAGCGCCUGGUGCCCAUGGAGUUCGCGGACCCGCCCUGGCUCGCGACCGGGACCAACGCCCGCCGCUUCGCCAUGUCCCCUGAGGGUGCCCCUGCUCUCCCGCCUCGGCCGCAAACGAUCGGAGAGAGAGUCGUGACGUUCGCGGCGGCGAGCACCGUCGUACCCUUGCCCACGAUCCCCACGCCUGUCCCCACGCCCACCCCGACGCCAAGAGGCCCGCAUCCACCGCACGCACGGGGAGCUGAGGCUGGGACGGACCGCGACGGCGCGGUGGCCUUCUGCGUGCUCCUCGCGCUCGCGAUGGCGCAGGCGGUGUUCAGGGGGCAGGAGAAGGCGACUUGGUGCGACGACCUGGAGGGGAUUCGGAGCGGAAGGUGGAUGGAACGGCAGAGGGCGGCGGUGAGGCACAGGGUCCGUCUUCAAUGGUGGGAUCUGCGGCAAAUGGUGGCGACGCUGUGGGCCGUGAUAUUUACUGUGCUGGGGCCAUCUCUCUUGAAUGAUCCCGCUAGUGCUGUGAUGCGUAAGGUCAGUGAGACGAACGAUUUCGUAUUCGCGUGGGCUGACUUUGUGUUCCAAUGGGUAUCAGAAGUCGGACAAGACGGCCCGAGUGAGCUAGGACUCCAUGCCGUACCAUCAUUCCCUGGGAUUUAUCUUCGGUUCAAUGAGUGA